CCCUGCCUCCUCCCUUCACAAGAUGGCGGCGCCCUUAGCGCAGCAGCUGGAGGAGCUGCUCAACCCCCGGCCCAGCUUGCGCGACCCCGAAGACGAUGGGGAGGAAGCUACAGUUGCUAAAGUCAUUGACAAAUUUGAGGAUGAAACUACAGAUGACAUUUUGCCUGUUGGUAAUAUACGGAAAAGAGCUUCAGCCUCUCUCUUGGAAGCUGACAAAAGGUACAGAGGAAAAGCGACGUCUCGCAAGGCCUUGCAGGAAGAACUCUGGGGAGAUGAUCUGUCUGAAGGAGGAUCUGGUGAAGAAGCAUUAGAUGAAUGGUACAGUGGCAGUGAAGAUUCAGAUGGGAAUGGCAGCUUGGGCAGUGAAACAAAGGAGAAGGCCAGCAGUGCUGGCAGUGACCAGGAAGAUGACUUGGAAGAUGACGAAGAAAGAGAUCUGUCUGCCAAGGGCAAGCCACCAAGGUUCAGUUUCCAAAAUAUCACAGACUUUGAGAAAUUUACAGAGGGGAUGGAUGAUGUAGGAAGCAGUGAAGGGGAAGAUGAAGAUGAUGCCAGCAUGGAAGAAGGAAGUGAGGAAGAGGAGGAGGAGGGGGAAAGGGAGGAAGAUGGCAAUGAAAACCACAAUGAUACGGAGGAAACCAAAGAUGGUGAAGAUGAUGGAGUGGUAAUGACUUUCUCAAAGAGACAAGAGAAUGAAGAUGUAGAGAAAGGAAGAGCUGUGAGGAACCAGCUAGCUUUGUGGGAUCAGCUCCUGGAAGGGAGAAUCAAGAUACAGAAGGCUCUCCUAACAGCCAACAGGCUCCCUCAGCCAGAUACUUACCCACUCUUCAGAAAGGAAGGGGGACAAGAGUUUGACAACGCUGUCCAGAACUGUUGUAAAGCCCUGGAGGCAUUGCUGAAGGUGUUGGUGGAACUUCAGGAUGAGCUGCUUUAUCAAUACCCAGGCACAAGGCAGCUGGUAGACGGAAAGCAAGCAAAAUCUGAGAGUGAUGAUGAAAUCCCUAGCAGCAGUGAUGAAGAACAAGUGGAUAAGGCUCAGGAGAAGAGGAGAAACCUCCCCAAACGAAAGCUGAAGCUGGAGGAGUACCCAGAGUUCAUAGCCAAGAGGUACGCUGACUUCAGGACCUAUCGCAACAACGUCCUGCAGAAGUGGCAUGAGAAGACAAAGCUGGCAUCUGGCAAAAUGGGAAAGGGUUUCGGUGCCUUUGAGCGUUCGAUCCUGACUCAGAUUGAUCAUAUCCUGAUGGACAAAGAGAGAUUGCUACGACGGACCCAGACCAAGAGAUCCGUGUACACAGUGCUGGGGAAGCAGGAACAGGAAUCCCAUCCCCUCCCUGAGCCUCUGCCGGAAAAUUCAGAAGUCCUCCCUCAGUCAGAGUCCAACAGGCACCUGAAGGACAUAGAUGAGGAGAUAUUUGAUGAUGAUGACUUCUAUCACCAGCUCCUUCGAGAAUUCAUAGAACGUAAAACCACCUCAGUGGACCCCAACGACCAGGUAGCCAUGGGCAGGCAGUGGCUGGCCAUCCAGAAGCUACGAAGCAAAAUAAAAAAGAAAGUGGACAGAAAAGCCAGUAAAGGAAGGAGGAUUCGGUAUCAUGUCCAUAGCAAGCUGGUGAGCUUCAUGGCACCUAUUGACCACUGUACAAUGAAUGAUGAUGCCAGGACUGAGCUUUAUCGUUCCCUGUUUGGAAAAAUGACAAGUCCUGGAGAAGCAGAGCAGGAUUAGCAUCAGGAUCCACACCAGGACAUCUCCUCUGCCUGGGCAGCUGCUGGUUUGUUCCUAAAAACCUCCCUGAAGGAACAUCACACAUGGUUACUGCUAAGUGACACAGGCUCAGAAAGAAGAGGCGGGGGAGACAUCUAGCUUGGCUAAACACACCCUCCUCUCUAGCCUUGAAAUGGACUCUGUUUCUUCCCAAAGACAAUCCAUUUUUAACUAUUCUCUUGAAAUUCCUGACCUUGGUUUUGCAAUCUGCUCAGCACAGUCAGAGGGUUCUGCUGGGGGGAAGGAGGGACACAGGGUUCAGACCAGCCAGAACCACCAGUCCCCCCUGCAAUCAGGUCACCCACCUUAGUGUUAAAUCCUGAGAGAUUUUUUUUUUUUUAUUUGAGGGGUUGGGGUGUGUGUGUUGAAGUCUGCUGUUCUGGUCAUUAGCUGCAUAUCUGGAAUGUGUCACUUCAUGGGUUUUUUUCACCAAGUCAAGAGGAUUUAAAUGUCAUUUACAUAAUUAACAUGGCCUUAAAACAGAGAAAAGGUGCUCUGCCUUGCAGCCUGCCAGAGCUCCUGGUUCACCCUCCUGUGCCUGACUGAGAGACGUUUGCUGCCUGGUGAUGAGGAGCUCCACACAGGGACAUUUCUGCAAUUAGAACAGAUUGCUGAAUUUUUUUCAGUCCCUCAUUGAUCCCUCACACUUUAUUAUUCCUGCUGAUCAUGACUCUGAGGCACCCUGCCUUCACCAGUGCCCUGACACACUGGUGUGGGAGGCCAGCACUGGUGUAAACUGGCCAGAGGAGAUGACUUGAGGGGUUUUUAGCUCCAAAGGUCAGAAGCUGGGAAUUAAAUCCCCGUAAGGGGAAUUGGUUGGCCUGCAGGGACCAACUGGAAAUAGAGGUUAUCUUGUGUAAAUAAUCCCUGCAUGUACCUGUGUGGGGAAGGUGGGUGCUGCUUGGGAGCUCAGGAGCUACCCUGUCUUUGUUCUGUGUUUUCUGCCAUCUAAUUAAAACUCUUUGUAGAUGGAUUGUCCAAGGGGAUCAGUGCAGACAAGGUUCCUGCAGCCACAGCCUCUUAUCCCCACCAGCACCAUGGUCUUUCUCUGGUGUUUUCAGUGCCACUUGGCAAAGAACUGCAUGAGCCACCAACAGCCCAAACCCUCAGGCAUCUGGGGUGGAGGAGAGGUGGGAGCACUGCGGGUCAGGGGUGGAAAUUCAUCCCCUGGCUGCCCCUGGGGUGAGCAGGGGCUCCAGACACAGCCAUUUCCCAGGAAUCAGGGUGCUGGUGGCAUGAGCCUCACUCCUCAGGAUGUACCCUCAUGACACUGGGAGGAAUAAGUCAGCUUUUAGGAACUAAAGUUUGCUUUUUAAAUUAUUUUUUUCCUAAGCUUAACUAAAAAGACAUUCCCUUUUAAGUAUGAAGCAGGAUGGAGUGAGGGAAGGGAUGCCCACUCCUUGCUUCCCCAGCAGAGGAGGCUCAGAGAAGGAGCAGAUGGUUCCACCAUGGAUCUCCCAGCAGUGACCACCCCUUUCCCUACCUCUGGGAAAGGGGACAUGCUGCAGCACACUUUUAUCCUUUUUUUAAAUAUUAUUUUUUUCCCCCCUUAUAUUUUCUCUGUAGCUGCAUUGCUGCACUUCACUGUGUCCCUGGAGCUGUCUGCAAAGCUGAUAUUAAUUAAUCAAUUUUGCACCUCAUCAUUACAGAUUUGUCUCUUAUUCUGGUCACCUGCUCCAGUAAAUAGCUGCCCAAUCCCUGCAGUGGUGUGUGGAGCAGAGGCCACCACACCCAGGUGUGGGAGAGCCAGCUCAGCUGCAGAGAGUUUGCUUAAUCAAGUGUGGAGUCCUGGGUUAAAAAGCAAGGAAAAAAAAAAAA